AUGCAGAGCCUUGGCAAGAAGAACCACAGCGAAGUGUCUGAGUUCAUUCUCCUGGGCUUCUCCAGUGAGCCACAAGUGAGACUGGCGCUGUUGAUCUCCUUCCUCCUCCUCUACCUCACCACCCUUCUGGGAAAUGGACUCAUCGUGGCCCUAAUCUACCUGGACUCACGUCUCCACACGCCCAUGUACUUCUUCCUCGGUAUCCUCUCUUUAGUGGACAUGAGUUACGUCACCACAACUGUGCCCCAGAUGUUGGUUAACAUGGUGCUUCCCAGGAGACCCAUUUCCUGGGGAGCUUGUGCGGCACAGAUGUUCAUCUUCUUGGUCCUAGGCAUUGCUGAGUGUGUUCUCUAUGCCAUCAUGGCCUAUGACAGGUAUGUGGCUAUUUGCUCUCCCCUUCACUAUGUCCUGCUCAUGAGCCGUUCCACUUGCAUCAAAAUGGUCAUAGUGUGUGGGUCCGUCAGCAUAACUGGGGCUCUGGUCUACACUGUCUUCACCAUGCGCCUGCCUUACUGUGGCCCCCACAAGAUAAACCACUUCUUCUGUGAGGUCCCUGCUGUCUUGAAGUUGGCCUGUGCAGACACAUCCUUCAAUGAUCAUCUGGACUUCAUCUUGGGCUUUAUUCUUCUUCUGGUCCCACUGUCCCUUAUCCUGGUCUCUUAUGUCCGCAUUUUUGUAUCUAUAUUAAGAAUCCGCUCAUCCCAGGGUCGACUCAAAUCCUUCUCCACAUGUGCUUCCCACAUCACUGUGGUCACCAUGUUCUAUGGGCCCGCCAUGAUGAUGUACAUGAGGCCUGGUUCCUGGUAUGACCCAGAGCGCGACAAGAAACUGGCCCUGUUCUACAACGUGGUCUCUGCCUUCCUCAACCCUAUCAUCUACAGCCUCAGGAACAAGGAUGUGAAGGGAGCCUUUUUGAAAGUACUUGGAGACAAAGAGACAGCUUAA